GGUUGAAGUCCGCGGUAUAACUGCGUACUUUUUUCUAAGUCACAUUUUGUUUUACUUUUGGAUAAUGUUCAUUAUUUUAAGUGUUAAGAACAAUCUUCCGACUUAGUGUACUGAGUUGCUUGUCAAAAUUCAAACACGUUAAUAUUGGUAAAUUAACAUGUCUACAUCCGCAGUCACAAAUUCAAUAAACGAGCUGCGUCGCCUCAGCAACAAUACAACUACAAACCCGACUGCCGGGGGCCAUGUUCUCGGUGUUGCCAAAUCAACGCACAACAAUAAACGCCCGCCAAUCAUCAUUUACCCCACCGUUACACCGGAAUCAAUAGUAAUACCUAUUGUGUCCUGCAUUUUUGGGUUUCCAUUAUUGGCUCUCACCGUGAUAUGCUGUUUAAGACGUAGAGCCAAGCUGGCCAGAGAGCGAGCACGUCGACGCAACUGCGAAUUGGAUCGAGGUGAGCUGUCCGUGGUGAGGUUGUCUCCAGGGAGAAGCAGGCAGCGAGCGGUCAGUCUGGUGCGCUCUCCCAGACCUCCCCCCACUCUAGAACUGGAUACAGUACUUGAAGAAAGAUCAGAUCCUGAACAAACUACGCUUUCACAAGUUGAUAUAACACCAGAUCGUGAAGUGGGUAGUAUACUGUUCAGCGCGAUGGGUGCCGUAGGCACCGCUGCCAUGACUGCAGCGGCUUGCGCACAGGACAGCUAGCGGCGUGGCUCGGCGCAACUCGGAGCCCGUUCACCGCUCUGGGCUGCGCUGACUAGCCAACCCCUCGAUGAUGAUGAUGAUGCUGAAGUGCUCAGCUAGCACGACGACCGCUCCAUCACCGAUAUAGGGGAGCGCAUGAAAAUGUUCUUGGACAUUCCGUUGAGAAUUUAAGUGUACUUUUAUAUUGAAAAACUUACGCCCGCAACAUCGUUUGCGUGGAUUUCAAAACUAGAUAAAAAUUAUCCUUUGCGUUUUUUCCGGACGAGACUCGUAGCUGUUAAGUGUGUGCCGAUUUUACUAAUUCUUGUGCUUGAAACGUGUGAUGUGAUGCCGAAGUGCUUAACUAACGUGUCGACCGCAUCAUCGUCAACAUACGUAUAUGAACUUGUUCUUGGACAUUGCGUUCACACUUAUUUGUUGAUACAUAUCGGCUACAUCAGCGUAGUGUUCAAACAAAUUCAAUCAUGAUAAAAUUAUCUAAUAUUAUAUCAGGUUAGGUUAGGCUAAUAAGUGCUACUAAGAUGCUCUGCAGCUGUGUGAGACAGCUAAAUGCGCUUGUGACAAUAUGGUGUAUAAAGAGCAGGUCGUGCCCUUCUUUUAAAUGCCCAGCCUAAGUUGAACUCUAUUUUAAUGUAUUUGACCAUAUCGAUCGAGCUCAAGAGCAUUGACGAUAAUAACUAUAUACUAAGAUAACACGCUUGGUCACAAUAUGCCGGAUUCAUCACGGCAUAUUGUGACCAAGUGCAUGAACAUGUUCUUGUACAUUCCGUUGUAUUAAAUGACAAUAAUGAUGAUUGGCAACAUAAUAAUGUAUAUAAUAAUCUUUUAAUGUUCUUGUGGCAACCAAGCGUUUAAAUGCAUAUUUAAGAACUUAUUUAGUAUUACAUAUCUAUAGAGCUGGUUUAUGUCCAAGAUGCCAAACCCACAUAUUUUUAAUUACGAUGGGGAUAGUUUAAGGUUCAUUGAUAGCUUUCUCAACCUUGCCUAUCUCUUUCUCAAAAUGUUCUUUGGCGAUGAGCUCUUCUUUGACACGGUGUAUUUGCGAUAAGUUUUUUUUGUAAUUUUCUUCAUUUUAGUGCCGUGAUUCUUACCUGUUUGAAAACAUAUAAUAAUAUACUUAUCUAUUACUUUGAAUUUUUGUAUACCUAUUAAUUCGAGAUACACUGGAAUAAACUACUUUUCAGAUUAAAACGCGUGUCAGCAUACACAAUAAAUGUAAAUUCUCCAAAAUAAAUAAUAUUAAAAUUAUAUAUUAUGUUUCUAUAUUAUUUUUUUUUAUAUAUCUCAAAUAUUAUAAAGUUAAAUUUUAUUAUCAUUUUCAUAGCUUCUAUGUUUCACGUGAAUUUUUUUCCCUAUUUUUCUCUAUAUUAUGUCCAAUUAUUUAUCAAAACAUGUUUCUGACUCACAAUAAAAGUAUCUUAGAUAAUUUAAACGUGUAGAUAGAGCUUCUUGCUGCUAGACAAUCGAUUAAAACAGGCCAGCUUUAUAACUUUGGUGUACGUGACAAGCUACGUCUUACUCUCGCGAUUAUUAUGUCACUUUGUGUUAGUGUGCGUGCAUUACUCAAAAUAGAAGCAAACGUUUAACCUCAUUUUUUCGAUAUUUUCACAGCUGCCACGGUCUAUCUAGACCAGUGGUUCCUAACCAGUGGUCAGGACCACCAGUCCGCAGGAGUCAGAAUUUAAGUUCAAUACGUGCACGCUGCACAUUGUGAAGAAUUUUUUCACGAGAACUGAAAACAAUUUCAAAAGGUAUCGACAUCAUGAACACGAUAUCGAAAUAUUUUCAGAAACAUAACAUUAGCUGGGAGAAACUUGUUGGUUUUUGUACGGAUGGCGCUCUGGCCAGCAAUGUUGGGAUCACAAUCAAAAGGUUGGGAACCACUGAUCUAGACGUAUAAAUGGUCUAGGAAAUUAUAAAUCAAAUAUUUCGGCACAAAUAAGAAUUAUAAGAAAACGAACAAUUUUAAUUAUAUAGUUAGUAAUAGGUUGGGGGAAAAGUUUUAACGCAUUUUAUAUGAAAACCCUAGACUAUUUUGCCAAAGUUUAUUUACAUUAUAGAGUAUAUGUGUGUACGCCAUCUUGUAAAUAAUUAUCCUGUUGCUGUAGAAAUUUUGGUACUUCUGAUGAAGAAAACUUUAACUUAACCAGACACUACCUAAAGAAUCCUGAAAAGACCGAAACAAGUGGAAAUCUGAAGGUGCAAGGUCUGAUAUACAUUAUGGCAGAGACACCUCAAAACCAAACUCGGCUUGCGUUCAAUUUAUUUUCUUUGUUGUAUCAAAAUUUCGACAAAAAGAUUGAACUCACUCACUCAGUCACACUCAUUUUGAUAGAAAGAUUUGUUUUAGAACAAGAUUUUGCUAAUUUGUUUCUUUUUUUAUAUGUAACCUUUUUAAUGUCAUCGAACCCAGGCAGAUACAAAUAGUGACAGCCAAAGAUGAGCAAAAUUAAAAAAAGAAUUUGUGCUCGAUCUAUUUUUAACUUUUUCAACAUGUAUUUUAUUGUCAUAAUAUUAUUUAUAGUUUUAAGGACAAUUUUGAUGUGAUAAUUAAUAUGAUAAUUUUUAAUUAAAUAUGUUACUAAAUACCUUCUUUGUAAGAAGUAAACUAAAGGAUAGUUGUUAGAUUUUUCAUCAUUGAUCAUCGAGUCAAAACAGUCUAUGUUUUUUAGUAUUGAGAAUAAAACAGUAGCGUAAAAAAUCUAGGGACAUUGAAUAUUAAAAUUCUCUAUUAAAAAAUAUAAUUGAAUAAUAAAAAAAGACCGACAUAAUAAGACCUUUAGUGAUAAAUACCAUUUAGCGUUCCUUUAUAUGAUUAAUUUUUCUUUUAUAUUAGAUGCUUUACUAGGAUGAAGCAACAACUGGAUUUGCUCUGUGCAUUAUUGUACACCCGAAAGGAACAAACAAUCCUGUAACCCGGAUAAAUUAAAAAGCAGUGAACACGGUCGAAAAACUAAGCCAUUGUUCUGAGAACUAUAAUAAUUCAUUUCUAAUGUUGUGGAUUACUUUAUCAUUUAGUAAUGCAUUAAUUUAUUUACAAAUCAAGGAACAUUUUAAAUAUAAAUAACACUUACGUAUGGCUAUGUUUUAUGAUUUCCGUUCUGUACGGCUUUUGCAGCCCAGUGUAUAGCAUAUCACCAUAUUUCACUUUACCAUUUAGAUUACUGUCAAACACUCGAAGAUAAAUUACAAUACAGCUUAAGAUACAUUAAAGAUAACUGUUGCUUGUAUUAGAUAUUGGUUGAAGUGAUGUUUGCGACCAACAAAUAAAAAAGAAACACACAAUAUUGUUUUUAUUCCUAACAGUUUUUAUUAUUUGCUUAUCACAUCCAGGUAUAUACUUCAUCCAAGAUACUUUAUGCUUGUAAUAUACAAUAUGUUUAGUCAAGGAAUAAAAUGUCAAUUAAAUAAAA